CCCAAACAGAAUUGUGCAUGAAUGUAGUAGGAGGGGACAGUUCCACACAUCUGGUUCACUUCAGCUCUAAAAAGUGAUAGAUUGACCAAGCAAUGGAGGUUAAGGUAUCAGUGGAUGGCGUCCCUCGUGUGGUCUGUGGAGUCACAGAGAAAACAACCUACCAAGAAGUGGUGCUAGCCUUGGCUCAAUCCCUUGGUCGCCCUGGCCGUUACACACUGAAGGAGAAAUUCAAAGACUUUGAGCGCAGUGUGACACCCAGUGAACGACUCUUGGAGUCCCUGGAGAAGUACGGCCAGCAGGCCAGGGACGUCCAGCUCACCCUGCUACAUAACGGACCUUCUCUCUGGGAAGGAGCGGGCAGGGCAAGAGGAGGAAGGUACCUAGCUGGGCCGACCCCGCUUAGGAGUGUCGAUGCUGGGGGUCGGGUACGAAGGGACAGCACGGCCCCCAGUUUACACCGUCAAAGUCUACCGCCAAUAUCCCGCUUGCGUCAACAAGCAGACCAGCCGCCGGAGGAAAUGAAACGUCCCAAAAGGAAGUCGCUGACACUGAUGGAGGAGGCCUGGGGGUGGCUGGAGAACUUGGGCAGGGGUAGCAGCCAGCAGUCUAGCCGUGACAAGGGGAGCAACAAGCAGGAAGGCGUUAGGAAUGAUAGCUCUCUGGACGUGUCCGUUACCGUUGCCAAGGACGUGUCUGUCCCGAGUGGUCUGCGCAGCAAAACGAAAAGCGUAAAGAGCGGGAAAUCAGCUGAGAAACAGCAAAUCUCCUGCUGCAUGAGAGAUCAAGGCAAAAACAGACCAAAUAGUACUACAGGCAGUUGUGACGAAAACAAAGAGGGCAAAGAUGGCAACGUUUCUCCCGCACACACAGACAACAACACGGGCAGAACAAAAGUCGUGGAUCUGAUUAACCCAAGCGGUGCCAGCAAGAUUGAAGAGGACAAAAGAAAGCUAAAACAUAUCAUUACACUGCAACAGGUUAGUCUGCAAGGCUUGCAGGCCCAGAUAACGUCAACGGAAAGACAGAUAUGUGAGUUGGAAGCGCAUCAGAGAGCCAAGCAAGCUGGACAGGAGGCUCAACUGAAAACGAUAGAGGAAGAAACAGAACAGCUGCAAUUCUGGGAGAACGAGCUGAAGGCAGAAGAGGGCUUUGAGAAAGACUUGCAGGCACAGUUCCUGGAGAUGAGGGAGAAAGCUGUGGAGUGCAAGGCAAGGUUGGAGGAGUACAAAUGCAAGAUGGCCGGCCUUGAUCUCGGUAGGGUUCAAAGAACAAGGCCAGAGGGAAAAGAGAUGGCUCCAACCGCAGACCUCACAACCGGCUCUGUAGAGAGCAUGGAUAUUCCAAAUAAGGAAGUCAAUCAGCAAAGAUCAAGCGCAGCCUGUGAGGUAAAUACAGACAGGAAGUCACCGCCCAGAGAGGACUGUAAUGUUCCCACUGCUCUUAUUUCUACAAAUCAGAUCAAGGACCCAAAUGCCUCCAGGGCCAAUCAGCUGAGAGAAUGGUGGACACAUUGGUCUGAAGCACAGAGCCCUAAACCAGAAGCUAAACACAAAGUCGUACAUCGCUCAGAGAUCACCAUACAUCUGGGCAGCACUAGGGUCUGACAGAAGAAGUGUUCAGAUGUUACAACGUAGAAGCUUUGUUAUAGUUAGGUGCAUCCGGCCCAGUUGGAUGUUAUUGUCAUAACCACUGUGUACGAAUGAGGAUUUAAAAAAAAUGUAUAUAUACACACAUUCUUGCAAUAUAAAUCCAGAAUCUUUAAGACCUACCAAAUAAAGACAAAAGCAAAUCAUGAUUUUCAUAAAACUUUAAUUCAAUUGUUUCAUUCAAGACCAUUAACAAAAGUACAUUGGAGAGCCCCUGUAAGCAGCUCAUCAGAAACCCAGUGAUCUCUCCAGAGUUGAAAUGUAUUCAGACCAACUCCAUGAGUGCAUAGAGGCACAACAGUUCAUCCACCCGUCUCCAGCGUACAAUAAUAGAUAUCCUGAUCCUUUUAACUUAAUUAUUUCUAAUACUUUGUUACUUUCCCCCCCACUUUAAGUUAAAUUUGUUUUCAUUGUUAUAUCUUGAUGUUUGAAUCUUUCACUAAGAAAAAAAAAAAAGCACACAUUACAUACAGUAUAUUUCAACCCACAGGUAUUUGGGAUGCAGACCAGUAUUAUUUCUACUAGAAAAAAAAGCCACCCUAAGAUUGUUCUUUAUAUUUUGGCGGUUGGCUUGGGACAGAGGAUACAUCUAAUUUUUUUUGUCUGUCAUUUUUAGGCACCUUAUUUUUUAUUUCAGUUAUCAGUCAUUAGCAGAAUUCGAGUUUCAACAGAACAAAAGCAGAUGUGCAAGAGAAAAAAAAAAUAUGUAUAAAAGAACCGCAGGAUGUAAGAUGACAUUAGAAAUUCUGCACCUGGGGAAAUUGCUUAAUAGAAGCAUGUGAAUACCAAAAAGGUAUCUAAAGGCUCCAAUAUGAGAAAA